GAUGCGUGGACGAAGGUCAAACAGCUGGACGAUACGCUGGCCACCGGUCGCCGUAACUUGGACCGAACUAACCUUGAGAUGGCGGUGUUGCAUCAAUUGACCAAGGCGGUGAUGCCUGACAAAGAACAAGUAGUUGAUUGGACAGAGGCCGAGACUUCGUCAUUCAGCUCCGCCCCUAUCGUUGUCCGACAGACCCUCGCUCAGCUCUCAUCGUCGUCGUAA